AUGACCAUGUCAAGUGAGUAUCUGAAUCUCCUUGAAGUCAACACUCCUUCGCUUCUUUUUCAUUGUUUGCAACUUAGACGCCUCCCCCAAUGGCACCUCGUGACGAACGACCUCGUGGCGAACGGCCUCAUACGGCCCCGCGCAGCCCCACACUGCAGCCCAAGGCUCCGAACACUGACGUCUGCUCGCCGGCCCGCCAGAACACAUACUCAAUGAUCCCAAAACACUCGUAAACGACGCCCUGUCAGGUUUGGCGUUCCUCAAUCCUGCCCUGACUUACAACCCAGCCACGAUGACGGUCAUGGUUCGCCAAGCCGAUCACGACAAGGUCCACCUCCUGUGUGGUGGUGGUGCGGGCCAUGAACCCGCCCAUGCCGCCUUCGUGGGCAAAGGGAUGCUGUCCGCCGCCGUUAGUGGCAAUGUGAGUCUAGUGCUGCGCCACGAUGCUGCGCCACGAUGCCCCGCUGCACGAUUCUCCUUCCGUACUCUGGACUCCGCCAGUCAAACUUGGGGCCGAAUGUGGGGAGCGACGUUCUGAUUGGACGGCCGAGCGCAGCGAGUAUUAUGGCAGCGGGACUGACAUUCUGUGCGACCACGUCUGUGGUAGGUUUUUGCCAGUCCGAACGCAGCCCAAAUUGAAGCCGCUCUGGGCCGACUCUCAAACAGCAAAGGGUAAGCACUUGAAGCUCAGCUCCAGUGGGGGCACGCGUCAGUCGGUCACGCACUGCGCACUCAUGUUCGGAAUAACACCAACCAUUGACCUUGUCGACUACUCGUAUGUAGGCAGUUGAUUAUUGUUAAGAACUACACCGGUGAUGUGCUGCACUUCGGACUUGUCAAAGAACGGUGGGCCGCGACCCAUUUGGGAGAAGAUUCGGUUCGCCUGUUGGUCGUUGGCGACGACGUCUCCGUCGGCCGAGCUCAGGGUCAACUGACCGGUCGCCGAGGAUUGGCUGCCACUGUCCUGGUGUAUAAGAUCGCCGGUGCUCUCGCGGACACGGGCGCAUCGCUGGACGAAGUGGAACACUUGGCGAAGUUCAUCGCUAGGCGAUCAGGCACUUGUGGUAUCGGAUUGGACCACUGUCAUGUUCCCGGGACCGAGCAAGCCGAAGGGUACCUACAACAAGAUGAACUCGAGUUUGGUCUGGGAAUACAUAACGAGACAGGCGUGCGCAAGCAAAAACCGAUCCCUUCGGCGAACAGGAUCGUCGAGGACUUAAUGAAGUGGCUCACGGAUACCGAGGAUAAGGACAGGGCCUUCCUGGACUUCAAGAGCACGUCACUAGUCACUCUCCCUCACUUUCCUCGGAUAACUCGCUCACCUGGCCCCCUUGUAUGUCAACAGAUGACGGCAAGGAUGAGGUCAUUCUCCUCGUCAACAACCUGGGUGGGAUCUCCGAGAUCGAGCUCAGUGUCGUCGUGAACGAGGCAUCAAAGUGGCUCGCUUCCAAGCACAUCACUGUGGAGAGGUUAGUUUGCGAGUAAUCUCGCUUUCCCUGUCCGGUGGCUGACCACUUCAUUGCCUUGGUCAGAGUUUUAUCGGGAGCUUUUAUGACGUCGCUCAAUUUGCCUGGCUUCUCCAUCUCCCUCGUUCUGCUACCUCGGGAGCCUGUGGCGACGUGAGUCUCUCGUCGGCUGCGCAGCUGCGCGUAUGAAACUCAAUGUGCUCGUUCGCCCCUGUACUAGCCCCUCGACUUUCACCUCAAACCUCUGCUUCGACAAGGACCUCAUCUUGGAGAUGCUUGACGCUCCGACCGAGGCCCCAGCUUGGAAGUGGCAUUACAAAGGCCGCCCGGAGGCGCACGUCGAGGAAGAGAAGGACGAUCAGAAGAAUAGCAAGAAGAGAAAGACCGAGGUCGAUAUCUCCGGAAGCGAUCAGGUCAAAGGACCGGCCCGUGAGUUGCUGAUUCGCACUCAUUGAGACUCAUCGAUAUGGUGACGCUGACGCUGGCGAGCUGAAAUAUUAGCGACCGAUGCAAAGCUGUUCAAAUCGGCGAUCGAGGCCGCGCUGCAAGAACUCGCUAAAGCCGAAGCCGAAAUCACAAAGUACGACACAACUGCGGGCGACGGGGAUGCAGGUCAGUUGUGCUACUCGUCUUCACGAGCUGUGGAGCGCAUCAUCUUCUGACAAAGGGCGUUCGUGGGACCACCAACAGGGCUCACCCUCAAGGCAGGUGCCGAAGCACUCCAAACUAAAAUCUUGUCAGAUGUGAUCCCAACCGACAAGGACGUUGUCGCAACCUUGGUCGGCAUUUCUGCCGUCGUCGAGAAGGAGAUGGGCGGGACGAGUGGUGGUCUGUACUCGAUCUUCUUCGCCGCGUUGUCCAAGGGCGUCCUGCAAGCUGCCAAGGACAAGGGGGAGAACAAGGCGACGAACGAAGUUUGGGCUAGGGCUCUCGAGGUGGGCCUAAUUCCUGGUGAUGGCAGCGUUUAGCUGCAUAGAUCUAACAUCAUAUUUAUUAUUUCCUUCCUUUUGCCUCUUAGCUCGCCCUCAACACGCUCUAUAACUACACCCUGGCUCGACCUCCAUCGAGGACCUUGGUCGAUCCUUUAGCCGCUUUCAUUAUCACAUUCGGCUCAGACCCUGCCAACUUUGACAACGCUUUCAACCAAGCACAAGAAGCGGCCGAAGCGACCCGAGCACUCGUCGCAAAAGCUGGACGUGCCGCUUAUGUCGACCAGGACAAGAUUGAAAAGGCCAACGUACCUGAUGCAGGGGCUUGGGGUGUGCUGAAAAUCUUGCAGGGCGUCAAGGCGGCUUUGGCGCGUGAAUCCUCGAGCACGACUGAGACGGAGAGAGGCCAGGAAUGA